AUGACAGGCGCUGCAGACAAUGAAGCGCCUCAAAGCGACCCAGUGAUGGAAGAUGAUGGUACUUCAGCGGGUGGAAUGUCUAGCCGAAGCAACUCGGAUGGUGCCGGAACAGAAACAUAUUCACGAUCUUUGUUCAUGCUUGGACAUGGUACACCUGUAUGGGACCCAAUUGGCGACCUCGAAAGACCUCAGUCGUCUCUUGAAUCAGGCGUUAUGAUAGGCGAUGUGGGGUUCAUGACUGAUGAAGGCGACUUUUUAUGUUAUUUCAACGUUUUUCUUCCACCCCAAGAUCCAAUACAGCGUCGUUGUCCUCCUGGAUUUGUCCCGCUUCAUCCUCCUCCUAAAGAAGUUGACAUUGCUAAGGACUUGAUGUACUUUCCGCCAGGUACUGCACUUGUCAGCAAUGCGGUUUCCUCAUCAGUACACUCCUCCUCGCCUUUAGAUAUCACAUUCACGGUCGAGGCUCGCGAAAGCGCAAUACUUGUGCUUCCAGAUGGUGCAUCUCGUGAAGACCUUAUUUCAACUUCGCGAAUGAGUGAAUACGUCCAACAACAUGCAUUAGACUGGUAUAUAUACCUAAACGAAGAAAUAUCCCGCUUGCCGUUUCCCAACGGUUCAUUGUACAUCAUCACUGGCUACGAUAAGGCGACCAAAUGGGCUGUCGGCACCUCCGGCUCCAAAAGUUAUAGUCGCAGAAAUGGACCUAUGACAGCGCGGUAUAAAGAUCACAAGUGGUCAACCAUGGGUAUUGGUGCAAAGGCUUCGUCCCCCAAUGGUGGUUAUGGGAAAUGCGCCGUCUUUAUACGGGGAAUGCACGUCGCCAUAAGCGUGCCUAAAUGGACAGCGUCAAUUCUCUACCACCAGCCCCCUGCCAUAAUACAUUACUUCAACGUACUAUCGGUGCCGGUUACUGGGCUACGUGCAAAGCUUCAAAGCGCGCUCGAAGCCAGAAGCUCGUACAAGAAGGUAUAUGUAAAAGGGCACGACAUGGAACGUAUGUUCCAUCCUACGGAGGUCAUCCUAAGAAUUCUUCUCAGCGAGGUAGACUUCCACUGUCGUUUUUAG